GCUUGCUGGCUGCAGCGGGAUGUACUCGGGUCCACCACGGCUUAAUUCUGCCUCUUUCGAGUCUACCAGUUGAGUAGGGAUGCCACGGAAAGGGCGUCGCUCGGAGGCGGCGAAGGCGAGAUGGAGGAGGUUUGAGUCUGAGCCGGACAUCGCCAAGCCCAGGACACCCCCACCCAUCCCGCAGUCCCCCACUCAGUCUCCAGAGAAGAAGAUGCCCCGACUGCUGGAGUUCGUGCCCCCUGACCAGACGUGUGCCAUGGUAUGCCAGGAGGAGCCCCGUGGGCCAUCGACCCCCCUUGGGUCUCGUCGAGGGACGGGGCAUCGGCAUCGCGUGAUGCAGUGGGGCUAUUCACGCGUGACGAGGCGUAGGCGCAAGUUCGUGCUCUUAGCCGAGGCUCCAGAGAAAAAGUUUGCUCUUUUGGUUGGCGACUCCCAUUUGCGUGCUAUUGUGGAUGGGUUUGUCACCAUGCCAGGGAGUACUUUCUCCUUAGGGGUGCUGUCUUCUCCCGGAGCCUCUGCAGACGAGUUGCGGCGUGAGGUGCUGGAUGCGGUUCUGCCUCGGACCCCAGACGUCAUCUGUCUUCUGGCGCCCAGCAACAACUUGAGUUCCAGCAGGACCUUCCAGGAGGCGGGACGGGACUUCGACUCUUUGUUGCGUACCGUAAGCAACCUCUGUGCUAAUGUGGUUGUUUUGGACUUCCCCCCACGUCUCGUCGUCGAGGAAAGUGAGCAGGCGCUGCUGCGACAGGAGUACAGCUGUGUGGCGAUCAAGAGAAGUGUUCGGUACCUGCCGGUCACUGAGCACUUCCCUCUGAGCCACCUGGACUUAUGGAGCAAGGAUGGUGUUCAUCUGAGUGACACACCUGGGAUGGAGGUUCUUGCUGAGUUGCUGUGGGCUGCGAUUUGCUCGCAACUUGAGUUCAGUGCUCCUGUGUCUGCAUCUCUGCCUCUGUCUGCUUUUCCACCUGCCUCUGCCUCACGCUAUACUGUCUCUGCUCCACCCUCUUCUGUCUCUGCCUCCCGCCCUUUGCCUGCUUCUCCCCCUGUCUCGGCCGAACGUCCCUUACCCAGGCUUGUUGUGGACGGCAAGGUUCCUGCUCGGAGUGCUUCAGACCCCUUCCCCUGCCAGAAGACAUUGCACAAUGUCCAGGGUGGUGAUGGGUCCCCACGCUCCACAUUGAGGACGGUUGACCAAGAGGGAGACCUGCUGGACCUCUCUAUCCCAUUGAAUCAGGUGUGGUACAGCCCAAAGGUGCUGAAGGACAUGGACCUGAUCCUCACUCCGCUACCUACAUCUUCUCCAAGAAGGAAGAAGAAGGCCAGUGCGAGACGCUGUUCAGUACCCAAUCCCUCCAAGAAGAGACCACAGGAGCAGGUGUGAAACCUUUUAAGCCUCAUAUAUAAUUACAGAAAUUAUUUCAAAUUGUUUUCCCUAACAUUAAAUGAUACUGAAUGCAGAGGCCUGAUUUAGAAAAAUAUUAAUGGAGUUUCGCCUAGCUGCCCUGUCUUUGUGGAUUUCU